AUGCACGACACUUGCUUCCUUCGUGGAUGCAGUUUGGCACGCUCGGACGCAUCGGAUAAGCUCAAGUUACCCUUCUUCACAACUUUGAUGCGCAACGUCUCGCAAUUGCCAUUGACACAGGAAACAGCAUUCUGGCAUGGGAAUCACUACCGGUUGCACAGUCUCGUAUCAGAAGACAAGCGUUUGCCUGUUGUGGACGUGGCACCUUUUGCGGUUCUACACGAGGCUUGA